AUGAGCAUCGACGCAGAGCCAGAUGCUAAUCAUCUGGACGAUUUGCUGCUGUAUUCAGAUAUUGGCAAAUCGCCAGCGACUGACAAGAAAUCUCACAUUUUAAGCUAUUGCCGAAGCUAUUUACAUUUUCGCGGACAUUCGGCGAAAAUCCACAGUUGGCUUAUUGCCGGUAUUGUGCUCUUAGCUGUUCAUGUCGUACAGAACUUUACUCCGCCUCCGCCACCCCUCAAACUACUUCAGGGAUGUGGUCCCGAGUUACUACAUUCACGAACACAUCGUUCUAUACAAGUCGCAUGCCGAACGCAACCAUCUACCGUAAUCGCAGCAUUCGAAGGGAUACAGGAUGCAAUGGGGCAAUGUGCUGAUCGUAUGCGUUUUCAACAAUGGGAUUGUACGAAUGUUGGUCAUAUCAUGCAUGAUCCUCCCAUAUUGCAAAAAGCCUAUCGGGAAUCAGCGCUUAUAUGGGCCUUAUCAUCGGCUGGCGCAGCCUGGGGAGUAGCUACGGCUUGUGCUCAAGGAUGGAUUGACGAUUGUAGUUGUGCUCAUGAUGGUGUGCCUGGUUGGGAAUAUGGCGGGUGCUCAUUCAGUGUGCAGCACGGUAUAACAGCAAGUCGCAGAUUGCUUACGAAAACACCUGUAGUGAAGAAUCCACUGAGAAAUGUGGAGAAGCACAAUUUGAAAGCUGGUCGUCUGGCGGUGAAGAAAACCCUGAUUGCAUCGUGCAAAUGUCAUGGUGUAUCCGGUUCUUGUCAACAGAAAACCUGCUGGAAAAAGACGGCUACGCUCGAUCAUAUUGCUGAUUACUUGGUAGACAAGUAUACGCGCGCAAAGAAACAAGUCGAAGGACAAAAAGUAAAGAAUGCGGACUUAGUUUAUUUGGAACCAUCACCGAACCCAUGCGAGCAACAGACAACAUCCGGUCGAGUUUGCGCUUGGCGUAAUCAAACUCAUGCGCAAGGUGAUUGUGGGAGACUAUGCUGUGGGAAAGGAUACAAGAUCACACACGAAGUAAUACAUUACAAAUGCGAUUGUAAAUUUGUAUGGUGCUGUAAGUUGAUCUGUAAAGAUUGCGUACAACAUCGAUGGGUAUCCACUUGCAACUGAGGGUGUGAAAAAAAUUGUACCCGAAGGGAAAUGCAUUUGUAAUCUUUACCCCUGUGAUCUCCUUUAGUGCUUUUCGGUGUUCCAA